GCAGCGGGGACGCGGAUGGAACGGCGGCGGCGGCGGAGCCAGAGAGCAUGCGCGUCCAACCCGAGCAUGCUCAGUAGCUCGCGCGGCUCCCCGGAGCUGCGGCGCCGAUCGGCGAGCGACGCGGAGGUCUCGGCGGUAGCCGAGGGAGCGACAGGAAGUGAAGCGGCUCCGCUGGGCGACCGCGGCGGCAGAACCCGAGGCGGCGGAAGGGGCUCUGCGGCGACGACGUCGUCGACCGGGGGAGAGGCCGAAGGAACUGAGCGCCGAGGGGACACGCCCGCUCGGAAGCCGGACCCCGAGGCGGGCAGGAUGGACCACCACCAGCUGGGGACUGGCCGCUACCAGGUGCUUCACAAUGAAGACGAUAAUUCAGAAUCAUCUACUGUAGAGCAACCAUCAACUUCUAACUCCACAGCACAGACCGCGGAAGCUGCUGCUUCAGCCCCAGCCCUGGAAACUGACUCUUCGCCUCCACCAUACAGUAGCAUUACCGUGGAAGUACCGACCACUUCAGAUACUGAAGUUUACAGUGAGUUUUACCCCGUGCCACCUCCGUACAGCGUUGCUACCUCUCUUCCCACAUACGAUGAAGCUGAAAAGGCUAAAGCUGCUGCCAUGGCAGCUGCAGCAGCGGAAGCACCUCAAAGAAACCAGGAGGAAGAGUGUACACCAAGAGAUGACUUCAGUGAUGUAGACCAGCUGAGAGUAGGCAAUGAUGGCAUUUUCAUGCUGGCCUUUUUCAUGGCAUUCAUUUUCAACUGGCUUGGAUUCUGCUUAUCCUUCUGUAUCACCAACACCAUAGCUGGAAGGUAUGGUGCUAUCUGUGGAUUUGGCCUUUCUCUGAUCAAAUGGAUCCUUAUUGUUAGGUUUUCCGACUAUUUUACUGGCUAUUUCAAUGGACAGUAUUGGCUUUGGUGGAUAUUUCUUGUACUUGGCCUCCUCCUUUUCUUCAGAGGGUUUGUUAAUUACCUAAAAGUCAGAAACAUGUCUGAAAGUAUGGCAGCUGCGCAUAGAACAAGGUACUUCUUCUUACUAUAGAGACUGCAUCAAGCCAACAUUCCUUCCUCGUACCAAUGUGAAAUGUCCACGUCAUCUGUAAACCACAGCUUUGCUAGGAUAGAAGACUACUGCGAGCAGGAGGAAGCUAUGAGAGGUGGAGCUUUGAAGUUAAAUGACAGGGUGGUUUAUGCUUAAAAGCCAUUUCUGCUCAUUUUUUAAUUGUCUGUACUUCAUUUAUUUUGCACAUUUGCAUAUGUGCCUAUUUAAAAGAUACGCAUAUACUUGAAAGUCCACAAAGUUGUUGCAAAGUCCAGUCAUACUUGGUUAAUCAGUGUUUGAUAAAAUUGGAAGAGUUGAGUGGUAAACACUUCCAGCAUGUAAAUGCUUCUGACUUGACUGUUAGCGUAAUAAAAAUUACAUUAUUAAUCUUGUCAAAUGCUUUAGUUUUUGGCUUAGAUUCAUCUGGUAAUUCCAAACAUGAAAUAUUCUUUGCUGUAGGUGAUGUUUAUUAAAACUUGCAGUGUGAUUAUUAGAAAAGAUUUGUCAGAUUUUUUGAGUAUGAUAUUAUUUAGGAAAACUGUAAAUAAUCAUACAUAAGUUGCUUUUUACAUUCUUUUCUUAGAAUUAUGUCUAGGUUUCUUUUUAUUAAUUUUAAAUUAAGUAAACUAAAUAUAUAGAAAUAAACUUUCUUAAAGAUAGAAUGGUUUCUAAAGAUAGAUGAACGCUAAGAAGAUGUGAGUAUGCCAAAUGCCCUUUAAAGAAAAAGAAGCUAAGAGGCAAUACUAGUUUUAGGGAUUUUCAAACAAGAGAUUUAGAUUUGAGGAUUACUCACCUUAGCAAUUCUUACAAGAAGAGAAUGAAUUAGAACUUAUAUUUAUUUACAUCUAAGACAAUUUUAAAAAUUGAUUUAUCAAAUAUAUUCUCAUUUGCAUUUGUCUUUUAAAAAGCCAAUAAAAGUAUCUUUCAGUAUUAUUGUAAUCAUUUUUCUUUAAAUGCUUAAUUUGUUAAACUUAGCAAAUAAAAUCUUUUUCUGUUAAUAGCGCCUUGCUUAAUGAUUGUAAUUUGUAAAAACAUAAGAUGAACUGAAUAACAGAAAAUACAUAUUUUGAUUUUAUGGAAAUGUAUCUGUGCAAUAUAGGGGUGCUGAGUGUCUGUGGUGAGUGCGUGCUGCUUUUAUGUCCAUAGCUACAAUGCUUGGCGUCUUACACAUCACUGUUUCCUGGGGUUUUCAUUUUUAUCUUAGCUUUAGAACAGCAGCAGCAAAGAUGAUAGAAAUUGCAUUACUGCUUACAUGUAAAGAUUGUCACUUAAUAUAGCUACAAAGAACAUACAAAAUUGAUUGCUAGACACGGACUAAAAGGCACAUCUAACUAUUCAUGACCAUUAUUCCAGUUUUAAGGAAAAAUAAAAUUUAUUAUGUUUUAUUACCUCUUUUGUAUUUCUUGUAUUUUAUGGUUUUUUCAUUGUUUUUGGUAAAUAAAACAUAUGUUUUGCUUGCUAAUUGAGCCUCCUAAAUUGUUUUCCCUAAUUCACGUUAAUUCUCUCCUUUGUAGAAUUUUUCUUGUUGGUUGAAGUCCAUGUGCUCCACCCCUUGAAAUAAAGUCCUAGCCUGGGGGAGGAGAACGGGGCUCUGUCGUCUCUGUGUCUUCCUGUAGCUUUAAGUUACCUGCAUGGGGCCUGCACUGGGUAGCACAGAGAACUCACUCUGAGGCUCUGUCGUCUCUGUGUCUUCCUGUAGCUUUAAGUUACAAGGAAGCUCAGCUACCAAAUAGCAAUCCAUUACAAUUGCAUUUUAGUUUUAUAUCCAUAUUUUGGUUUUGCAUAUGUAUGUGCCAUUUUUGAUUCAACAUUAGAACAUCACAUUUUUAUUUUGAUUUCUCCCUUAAAUCUGUAAGUUCAAAUGUAUAUUAUAUAAUCCUCUAUAAUUUUUCUAGUUCAAUAGUAGACAUAAAUCUCAUCAUCCAAUCAGGAUUGCCAACUGAAGUGUGAUUUAAAACUUUAGUAUUCCUUUUGAGAUAAGUGGACUCCCACGCAUGUCCUGUCGUUUCCUGUGAGCUUGGACAGCUGUUCUGUUUUGAAAGACCCUUGGCCACAUUUACAUGAUGCCUUAAAGACAGAAAGUCAAGACCCACAGCAUCUAAACCA